CCGAGCUCAGGCACCGAUCAAAUCUGCGAGCAGUGCCGCGAGAGACGCGUGUCUAGUGUUUAAGUAAAGUAAUUUAUUUCAAAGUUUUAAUACAAAUAUGAGGGAAAUCGUGCACAUCCAGGCCGGCCAAUGCGGCAACCAGAUCGGAGCUAAAUUCUGGGAGAUCAUCUCUGACGAGCACGGCAUCGACCCAACCGGCGCGUACCAUGGCGACUCAGACCUGCAGCUGGAGCGCAUCAACGUUUAUUACAACGAGGCCUCCGGCGGCAAGUAUGUGCCGCGCGCCAUCCUCGUCGACCUCGAGCCUGGCACCAUGGACUCCGUGCGAUCCGGACCUUUCGGACAGAUCUUCCGGCCGGACAACUUCGUCUUCGGUCAGUCCGGCGCCGGUAACAACUGGGCUAAGGGCCACUACACAGAGGGCGCAGAGCUUGUCGACUCAGUUCUUGACGUAGUACGCAAAGAAUCAGAAUCAUGCGAUUGUUUACAAGGCUUCCAGCUCACACACUCCCUUGGUGGCGGUACCGGCUCCGGUAUGGGAACACUCCUUAUCUCCAAAAUCAGAGAAGAGUACCCCGACAGGAUCAUGAACACAUACUCAGUCGUCCCCUCGCCCAAAGUAUCAGACACCGUAGUCGAACCUUACAACGCCACUCUCUCGGUCCACCAGCUCGUAGAAAACACAGACGAAACAUAUUGUAUCGACAAUGAAGCACUAUACGACAUCUGUUUCCGCACACUCAAGCUGUCCACACCCACCUACGGUGACUUGAAUCACUUGGUAUCGCUCACGAUGUCCGGUGUCACGACUUGCCUCAGGUUCCCUGGUCAACUGAACGCCGAUCUUCGUAAGCUAGCUGUAAAUAUGGUUCCAUUCCCUCGUCUCCACUUCUUCAUGCCCGGAUUCGCUCCUCUCACGUCCCGUGGAAGCAGACAAUACCGCGCCCUCACCGUGCCCGAGCUCACCCAGCAGAUGUUCGACGCCAAGAACAUGAUGGCGGCGUGCGACCCUCGCCACGGCCGCUACCUCACCGUCGCCGCCAUCUUCCGCGGUCGCAUGUCCAUGAAGGAGGUCGACGAGCAGAUGCUCAACAUCCAGAACAAGAACUCGUCCUACUUCGUCGAAUGGAUCCCCAACAACGUGAAGACCGCCGUGUGUGACAUCCCGCCGCGUGGUCUUAAAAUGGCCGCCACCUUCAUCGGUAACUCGACCGCCAUCCAGGAGCUGUUCAAGCGUAUCUCAGAACAGUUCACCGCUAUGUUCAGGCGCAAGGCCUUCUUGCAUUGGUACACCGGCGAGGGCAUGGACGAGAUGGAGUUCACCGAGGCGGAGAGCAACAUGAACGAUCUCGUCUCCGAGUACCAGCAGUACCAGGAGGCCACCGCCGACGAGGACGCCGAGUUCGAUGAGGAGCAGGAGCAGGAAGUCGACGAGCACUAAACACUGAACGGAAGCGUAGAAAACUUUUGUCAAUUUAAACGCGUUUCGCCAAAUGAGUAACAAAUUGAUUCCUACGUUAAAUUCAGAACCUGCUUUCUAACUUUUAACAGAUGCACAAUUUAACAUUAUCAAAA